UGUAAUGAUUUGGGAGAGCCAAAAAAAAAUAUUGACAAUGAUCUGCCUCAUAGGUGGAAUUUCACUUAUGAACUUUUAGAAGUAGCUAUAAGGUAUAAAAACCUUUGAAUAGGUAGAAUAGGUAUGCUGUAAAAGUGAAUGAACCACGGUCUUGCAAGUUAGAUGUUCCAUCGGAACAAGAUUGGUCAAUUGCUCAACUAGUUAAUGACUUUUUAGGGAUUUUUGCAUCCUCAACUAAGAUAUUUUCUGGUGUUUAUUACCCUACAUCAUGUCGUGUUAUUAAUUGCUUGAUAGAUAUCCAUUUUGCAUUUGUGGCAUAUUCUAAUUUUUCUGUCUUUAAGGAUGCAUUGGUUGCACUGAAGGAGAAAUUUGAUAAGUAUUGGAGUACAUUUCCCAAAGCUUUUUGCUUUGCUACAAUUAUGGAUCCUAGAUUUAAGUUAUUUGCUGUUGGAGAAUAGUUAAAAUGCAUGAGUAUUGAUCAGUUUUCUGUUGAUACAAAAUUGUUAUAUUUAAGAACUGAAUUGCAAGCUCUUUAUGACACAUAUAAAAGGAAUAAUGUGUCUGAUGUAGCACCUAGGCAAUCUGAAAAUUUAACUUGGUGUGCAAUUAUCUCCAGACUUGGCAUUACAACACUCCAUAAUAAUGCUCAAGAAACUAAUCAAAAAUGAAAGAUUUGUCUUUUUGUUAAUACAUAUAUCGAAACGUAAGGGCCACCUAAACCCUAAACCUAAAACUGGGUGGUUCCAAAAUUCUAGUACGAUUAUUUCAUGUUCAAAAGCAAGCAAGAGUGAUGUUACCUGGACUGGAUUGGAAAUUGAGUGGCUGUGGAGCUCCGGUAGCUACCGUAUUCAACUGAAAUUCCAAGACAUAGAUUAGAAUGAGAUCAUUGAAAACCUAUUCGACGCUGGCGGAAUUGAACAAUCUACUUACCUCUGAGAGAGAGUGGUGAAAGCUGCUGGGUUUCUCGGUCGAAAGAGCGAGAGAGCUCAAGAGGUUCUAUUCCGCCUGCAUUGAAUAGGUUUUCAAUGAUCUCAUCUCAUGAUUCUAGUCUAUGUCUUGGAAUUUAAGUUGAAUACGAUAGCUGCCGGACCUCCGCCGCCGCUCAAUUUCCAAUCCAGUCCAGGUAACAUCACGCUUGCUUGCUUUUGAACAUGAAAUAAUCGUACUAGAAUUUUGGAACCACCCAGUUUUAGGUUUAGGGUUUAGGUGGCCCUUACGUUUUGAUAUAUGUAUUAACAAAAAGACAUUUGCUUUCAUUUUUGAUUAGUUUCUUGUACAUUAUUAUGGAGAGUUGUAAUGCCAAGUCCGGAGAUAAUUGCAAGUUUUUCCUUUUAUGUUUAUCAUAUCACAAAAACAAAGCUAAUAAAUCUUAUUUGGUAUUUACAGAUUGAAGGCUUAGUAAGAUAUCUACCCUGCAAUUAUGUUGGGCUCUCGGGCUUCAAGAAUUGGACUUUUGAUACUGAAACAGCUUACCGGAGGAGGCAAAUCCAUUAAUAGACCAACAUAUGCAAGUCGUUCUUUCAGCCAAUUCUUGCAACCUCGGCAGUAUGAUCAACAGUCCGGGACCAACUUGUUCAGGGGAGCCAUCUUUCAGAAGCAUCAUCAUUUUUCUACCACCACUGUCAGCUCUUCAGAUCAAGGGACUGAGCAGAAAGAAACGAUAUCUGUGACCUUUGUUGACAAGGAUGGAGACGAAAUACAUAUAAAGGUUCCAAUUGGAAUGUCUAUGCUAGAAGCUGCUCAUCAAAAUGAUAUAGACCUUGAAGGAGCCUGUGAAGGUUCACUUGCCUGUUCAACAUGUCAUGUGAUUGUAAUGGACAUGGAGUAUUACAACAAAUUAGAAGACCCAACUGAUGAGGAAAAUGAUAUGUUGGACUUGGCAUUUGGACUUACAGAAACGUCUCGUCUGGGUUGCCAAGUCAUUGCAAGCCCUGAACUUGAUGGAGUUCGUUUAGCUAUUCCUGCUGCCACCCGUAACUUUGCUGUUGAUGGCUAUGUACCAAAACCACACUAGAGAUAUAGGACAGUUCAGGAAGAGUUGGUUAGGGAUGUAACUCGGUAUUUAUUCCAUUUUUGUAGCUCCUCUAAUUUUAUUGGCCCAAAGCAUCAAUUGAGUUUAACCUUUGUUCUUUUAGUGGUUACUG